UUUAAACAAUUCUGUGGAUACGGACUAUCAAAUUAAUUGUGAAUAUUGACAUUAAGAUUCCGACACAAUAUCAUGAUGCUGCAAAUUGGGAACUUUACAAUUAUUUUUUAUCUAAUAUUAGGAAGUAAUGCUCAUAUGAUGUUUGUCGAUCAGAUGGAGCAAGAGGAUCCUCAAAUAUACAUGAUAACUGCUUGCACCGCUAAGUGUCUAAGCACAUAUCGACAAAAAUUGCUCGAACAUACGCAAGAGCAAAAAUAUGAAGCACUCCUGCAUUCGAAUCCUGUGUAUCUUGAAGGCUGUCAUAACUUUUGUAAAUUCAACCGCACCUCGAAAUUGCAAAAUACAAAGAAGAUAUAUGAAAAUUUUAAUUUAAAAUUGGUGUGUCGCGAUGAUAGAAGUCUGAAGUUUCGUGUCGAAUUGGAAACUCACAGAAAUGUUUACCGCAUUAAUCAAAGUCAGACGCUGAAUUCAAAUUUGAAUAACUCAAGUGAAACCACAGAACAGUUUAAAGAUAAUAUCACGAUGCAGAAUCCGUUUGUGGACACGUUAUUUGUAGUCCAAUUAUUCACUAAAGCAUAUGUUUUGGUUUAUGUGUCGGAUGACAGUUUUUUUACGCUGACUAAUCUCUCAUACAACACAAGCUAUAACAUAUCAGUAACAGCAGUCCAUGCUACAAAUGAGUACUCGGUCAUAGCCAAGGAAGAACAAUUCUCAACUUUAACAUAUGGAUUUACUCCGAGCAAAGUGACAAAAAUACAGAUCAACAAUUUUCUUACAGAUAAAGAUGAUAAACUGAAAUUGAAAGCUAUGAUAUCUUGGAAACCAGCUGCCGAUAUGACAUGCACAUAUGAUAUUAUAUGCUUUCCGGUAACAGGCGGAGGUAAUGAUUUGAAUCCUUUGGAAAUUAGAAAUCCACGUCAAUUAUAUACAUACACGCUUGAAAAUUUACAUUUCUCUAUGGAAUACUCAUUGGGUAUACGUGCCAAAAAUCCUAACACCAUUUCAAGGGAAAGUGAACUUUUCUGGUCUAACUUUGUAGUACCCUCAUGUGUUGAAUGGUAUAAUUACGAUUUUAAUAUAUGUGCACCUCUCGCACCGACUGGCUUAGACGCAGAGCAAAUAUUUAUUGGUGAAAAUGAGUUUUCCGUAAAUAUAAGCUGGAAUAAGCCUGAGUAUUUCCCGGAUUACUACACUUUGCGCAUCAUGGAUAUAGAUGAAAAAGGCAAUGCUUUUACCUUUAACGUCAGCAAAGAAUUAUAUUAA